AUGGUUCUACGUAGUAGGAGACAUCAAAUUCUACUGCUCUUGCUGAUCUUGUUUCUCUCCACAUUGGAGCACGGUCAUGGCUCAAGAACCACCACCGUCUUCAAAUUUAAGCCAAAGUCUCAGCACAGUACAGGUCACUUUCUUGGGUUCUUGCCCAAAAGGAUGCCCAUACCAUACUCCUCUCCUUCAAAGAAGCACAAUGACAUUGGCCUACAAAAUCAGUAUUCUGUAAGGGUGUUCUUCAAACAAAUCAAUUUUUGUGCAAUGCAAAGCGUAAUUAAUUUGAAGCUUAUUCAUAGAAGUGAUAAUCCUUUUUACACCAUAGUGGUUGGAACUAGACUGACACUACAUACCUACUACGUUGAAUUUACCUUUAUGCAAGCAAAGCAAGAAUCUGAUGCCACUGAAUUCGGGGUAUGGUGA